CUCAUUUCCCCACCCCCCCUCCCCACUUGACAGCACACACAAAUGGACCUCGAGAUUGAACGCGAGCUCAUGCACAGCUCACCGCCCACGGGCCCAGCCGAACACGGCGACGGAAAAUUUGAAAAGAUGCUCAGCGAAGCCAUGAACACAAUCGAAGGCCUGAUGCUUGUAACAGUGACGGAUGCCGAACGCGAGCCGCUAUUCCGCGAAGCCCUACCGAUCUUCCACGAGCCGCUCUUCGAGGAGACGCUUUUGGAUAAGUGCCAGGACGCCUUUGACGAUAUUAGGAAGAUGCAGAUUGGGUCUAGUCGUGUCUUAACCCUGAUAUACGGCGCAAUGCAGGUGGUUCAGUUCCGCGUCGGCCCGUACUACGGCACCGUUGUAUGCGAUAAUAUAGCCAACAUGGGCUUGGUACAUAACCUUGUUAACCGCAUCAGAUCAUGUCUCCAAGUAUUAUCUGAUAUGUCCAAGUAAUAAUAAUAAAAAUAAUUGUAUUUGA